AUGGCGAGACGCGCCGCAUCGUCCUCUACAGAGGGAUAUUUCCACAAGCUCCCUGUCGUUCCGCAACUAUUUACGUAUUUCAAGGAGAUUGGAUCGGCUUCGAAAGCCUCUGACGAUGUAGUGUUUGAGAGAAUCCUCCGGCUUUACAUACCCAGGGACGCGCAGGAUGAGGUUUUCUCGUCAAUUGACGAGCUCAGUUCCACAGCUAUUCAUCCCUCGACCCGCCGACUCACCGUCGAUUGUGAGACCAAUCCGCCGAGAUUGAUCCCGCUCAACACGUUUGGUGAGAUCAACAAGGUCGAUCCACUGUGGACAGGAGAAGGAUGGCGACGCUUGAAAGAGAUUGGUGUCUCGAACGGGAUGGUCACCCGAGGCUACCAGUCGCCAAGUGAUGAAAGGCCAACCACGUGGAAUCGGCGAGUGCACCAGUUUGGAUUGGGGCACGUGUGGGUUGGCCACGAUGCCCUGGUCACAUGCCCAGCGUCAAUGACUGACGGCGCCGCCAAACUCGUCCAGCGCCAUCUCCAAGACGAGGAUGGGAGUCAGCCAGGCCUUCGAAGAACCCUGGCUGAAGUGUAUAGCCGCCUCAUCUCCUCCGACCCCACCUACGCUUGGACAUCAGGGCAAUGGAUGACAGAACGGACCGGGGGAAGCAAUGUUAGAGACACCGAAAGCGUGGCUUCAAGACUCGGCCCUACCGAACUAGAGGCGGACAACAGAAAUGGCCGCCACCUCGAUGCUCAUGGGAUGCCCUUGGGGCCAUGGAAGAUUGACGGGUUCAAAUGGUUCAGCAGCGCCACGGAUUCCGACAUGGCGUUACUCCUCGCCCAGACCGACAAAGGCCUGAGCUGUUUCUAUGCACCGAUACGUCGUAGCUCCGGAGGUUCGACGCUCAGCCAGAACGAGCUUAACGGCGUCCGAAUCCAGAGACUGAAAAACAAGCUCGGUACUAGAGGUCUACCGACUGCCGAACUUGAGCUUAAGGGCAUGCGUGGCUGGCUGAUCGGGCAGGAAGGUAAAGGCGUCAAAGAAAUCGCUGUUAUCUUGAACUUGACUCGGCUGUACACUGCAACUGGUGGCGUAGGUUAUUGGGCAGGAUCCCUGUCCGUUAGCCGGGCGUUCACCCGGACCCGGUCCAUUGCCCACGGGUUGCUUCAGGACAAUGCCGCCCAUCUUCGUUGGAUGGCUGGUGAGACAGUCAAGUACUGGGCUCACAUGCAUGCAUGCUUCUUUCAAGUCGCCUUGCUUGGUGCCACCGAGCAACCCUCAAUCAUGCAGAACACCAGGGCACAGGGCCUAUUCCCACCGCAAGCUACGGAUGUGGAAGCUCUUCUGCGGUUCCUCACGCCAGUCUUCAAAGCACGAACCUCUCUCGAAUCGGUCCUGGGUGUCCGAGAGUGCAUGGAGAGUUUAGGCGGAGUGGGAUACUGCGAAAAUUACGAAGAUGGUGGGACCAUGAAUCUGAGCCGGCUCUUUCGAGAUGCUAAUGCGGGUCCUAUAUGGGAAGGGACGGUCAGUAUAAUGGCCGAGGAUGCUCUUCGGGUGAUCAACGACAAAAGGCUGGGAGGCGGCGACGUUUUGCAAAACGUAUACGCAAAAUGGGUCAGGGAUGUGCUGCGGCAGGUCGAGAGCAGCGGAGCGUUUAGGCCGGAGGCGGCCGUCGUCAACACGAGACUAGAGGCAUUGAUCCAAUUGUGUCGAGAAGUGCAUGGUUCUCAGUUGCAAUAUGAGGGCAGGGUCAUCCUGGAGCAUAUCGAAGCCAUUACGUGCGCUGUCGUCCUCCUGUUUGACGCAAGUUUAGACAAGGACGAAGUGGCUGACGAGAUUGCCAAACGUUGGACUUGGAGCAUUGCCCUCCCCAGCUCCGGUGUUCGACCGAAGCAGGACUGGAGAGCUCGAGUAGCAUUGGAUAAGAGGAUCUUUCUGGGAUCUGACGCCGUAUUGUCGUCCGAAGCAAGAGCAAAGCUGUAG